CCUACAUGUUUACAAUUGCAAUGGAAGCCCUAGAUUGUUUGACUAAGAAAGCAAUGGUAGAUAACCAGAUACCUUAUCAUCCUCGUUGUAAACCUCUUAUGAUUUCCCAUUUGUGUUUUGCGGAUGACUUGAUGAUGUUUACCAAUGGGUCAAUAAGAGGGGUUGCUGGCAUUAGAAGAUUAAUGGAUAGUUUUUAUAAGCUAUCUGGUUUGAGGUGCAACCCAGCAAAAUGUCAGCUUUUCUGUGCUGGUAUUCCAAAGGAAGAAAUGCUUACUAUAUCUGAAUUUACUGAAUUCCCUCUAGGGACACUUCCUGUGAGGUACUUGGGAGUUCCACUCAUUACAGGAAAACUUACUAGGCAAGACUGUAAAGUGCUGGUGGAUAAGAUAACACAAAAACUGAGAAGCUGGAGAUCAAAACUGCUAAGCUAUGCUGGUAAAAUACAACUCAUAUCAACUGUCAUCACUAGUACUCUUCAAUACUGGCUCAAUAUCUUCUUACUGCCUCAAUUUGUUAUAAAGGAGGUGGGAAGAUUGUGUAAUGAGUUUUUGUGGGAUUCUGCUGAGGAUGGCAGUAGAAAGAAAGGGGUCAUGGCUUGGGAUAAGUUGUCUAUUCCUAAAAAGGAGGGUGGACUUGGAAUUAGGAACUUUGGAGUAUGGAACAAGGCAUGUGUAUUGAGACAUUUAUGGGAGAUUCUUACUCUGGGGGGUUCUAUCUGGGUUGCAUGGAUUUCAAGGUAUAGGCUGAAAGGCAGAAGCAUCUGGGAACUCUCAGUUGGUUCUGCUGGGACAUUGAUUUGGAAACGGUUGUUGAAAUGCAAGGCAAUAGCCUAUCCUUUUGUUUCUGGGAAUGGGAGCAAUACUCUGUGGCAGGGGGAGCAAAUGAAACAGUUCUCAAUGUCCAGGGUAUGGAAUGAUAUCAGGGAGAAAAAACCAGAAGUGCAGUGGUGGAGAUUAGUCUGGGCAAAGGAAAUUAUUCCUAAGCAUGGACUGAUUUUGUGGCUUGCUAUCCAUGGGAGAUUGGUUACUCAGGAUAAACUCUUGGCCUGGGGGGAAAAUGUCUCUGGCUGCUGUGUUUUGUGUCCAGGGGGUGUAGAGAGCAGGGAUCAUUUAAUGAUUUAUUGUUCUUAUUCACUUUCUGUUUUGAAGCUUUGUAUGAAAAGUCUUUCUCCACCAGAUGUAGGAGACUGGGAAGCAACAGUUGCUUGGUGUGCAAGGGAAUGGAAGAAGAAGGCUGCUCGAUCGAGACUUUGCAGAGUGUUGUGGUGUACUGCUGUGAGCUACAUAUGGCGUGAGAGGUGCUCUCGAAUGUAUAGGACUAAGGUAAUCAGAGAUCCUGCUAUGUUGGUGAAGUUGAUACGUGAGGAAGUUACCUACCGAGUAUAUGAAGAUCCUGCCCUACAGUUAGAGUUAGAUAGUAUUCAGUAAAUAUAUAGAUAGGAGCGGAUUGUACGUUUUGUCUUCUGCGUUGUAAACGUUUGAGAGGUGCUGCAGGGUUUCCUCUGCAAGUGGCCUGGUUUUAAAGCUAUUUUUUGAUUUCGCAUAAAAUGUUUUUUUGGAAAGUGGAUCACCACGUAUCUCUUUCAACUCAACAUCAUGUUGCCAAGUCAACAUUGCAAACAAAACUAUUUACGGGAAGUUAGAGGUUGGCUAAUAUUAUCCCUUAGUAAGCCCCCUUGAGCCAUGAGUCCCUUCUUUGUGUACGUAGAGAUCCCCUUGUGUUUCUUUAAGGUUCCACAUGGUCGUUUUACAUAAUUGUGUUGAAAUUCAAAGUGAGUGAAGGAGGUAAAGGAUGAGCAUUAUGUUCUUCAAAAUGGAAAAUGUGGCAAGUUUGUGAGGGUAUCAAAGAAAGAAAGAAAGAAAAGAAGAGUAACAAGAAAAGAGAGUUGCCACAAAGUAAUUAAGUUGCUUGAAGAUACGCAUCAUAUACUCUUGUGCUUAGAAAGUGAUAAAACAACAUUAGCAGAGAAGGAUAGCUUGUUUUGACUAUUUUAUUAAUGUGGUUUUUGGUUUGAUACUGUGGAACCUGUGCUUGAAAUAAUACCACCACCUACAAAUAUAUUCAUGUGUCCUAGACCCUAGCCAGUACAUUUUGACCUUAUCAAGUUCUCUUGACGAGUUAGUGGUGACAACUUAUGUGUGAACUCUAAUCCGUAGACGUAGUGGUUGCUAUCAUGGUGAAAAGACGUUUGGAUUGAGAGAAAGAGCAUGCACAUCUAUUGCUUCAAAUUGUCCUGACCCUACUCGUCGGGAGUGAGUGAUUAAUAUCCAUAUUAUAUUUAUCCCGGUGAGGACCUGUUUGCACCAUAAAAUUUUAUUGUACCACAUUGAUGAGUUACAAGAUAAAUAAUGAGUUUAUAA